CAGAAAUAUAUGUUGGCAGCUGCAGGUACUUUCAGCUCUUGCAUUGUUCCUUUAACCAUUGUACAGUGAGCAAGAAGUCAAGCCAUUUUAACGUUGUUCCAUGCACGGCGCAUCAAAUCAUGGGCUGCUCCAACCUGCUCGCCGUUUUUGUACACGCCGCUUCGGUGCUCGUGGCACCUCCUCGUGCUGCAGGUAGUCUGUGCACUCCGAACUUCUGCUCGAACGUCACGUGCAAGCCGAUCGAGGCCAGCGAGUGCAACGGGAAGGUGGAGGCCAACGCCACCGACUGCGGCUGCUGCGAGAAAUGCAUCGUGCCGCUCGACGAAGGUGACGUGUGCUUGUCCUUCGUGAAAUUCGGUUCGCGAAAGUGGCCCGACUGCAAGCAGGGCUUGAUGUGCAACGAAACCACCAUGAGGUGCGAGAAGAACAGCAGCCGCCUUAUUUCGGGCAACGACGACGAGCACGCUGCAACAACGGAUGUGCCCAUCGAUUUCCUGUAAUAUAGCUUGCUUGCGUCUAAUAAUACUGUCUUUUGGUACACGCCCGCCCGUGCACAAUCCUAACAACGCUGCUAGUCUUGCAGCACGUGAUACGUGCAGACGUACAGGUGCACGCAUCUAUAGUCGUCACAGAUUUGCAAGCUUUUCCAACUUUUUUUUUUGAUUAGGUGGGACGUGCAAGGCAUGGUAGAGCUUUAUGAUGGGCUGAUAUCUGUCAGCACUACUGGGCAGAAUCGGUUGCACUAAUAAGUGCAUAUGUGUUAGAAGGACGGAGGUGCUCCUUCAGGCAGCCUAAGAGAAGUAAAAAACACAGGCUACAGUUUUCUCAGUAAACGCAGCAAUAUGGGUCGGCUUUAAUUAGCCUUCAUUCAUUUCUACAGUGGCUGGUGGAAAGGGAAGAUAAAUGGUUUCGUAAACUACGACGAAAUAGACGAAGUCGAAACCACAAAAUCGUUAUCGCAGUAUACAACUUUGUGCAUGAGGGCACAAUUUUAAGCAGUGCUGACGGGCAUUCAGACAUCUUUAAAUAAAGCUUACUCUAUCAAUGUUGAGAAACAAGUAAAAAAAAGUGUAAUGCUUUUUACCGGCAAUAUUAAAGUAAUGCUACCUUGC